GCAAUGCGAUGGCGCGUCGAUGAUCGUCACGAUUUCGUGAUAUUCGCAGGGAUCCAGGUGUGCUUCGCGAUCUUCGCGAUUUCUAGGUGCAUGUAACCGGGCAGCGGGCAUUUCGAUCGAUUCGUGUCGGGAUCGAGCGGAGGACAGGAUCGAGGGAUUGUUGGCUCCUGAGAUGCGAAAUUCAUGAGUUCUUCCGCUGGCCGCUGGGUUUUGGAUCGGGCGCCAUGGCAUCGCAUCAUCACGGGGAUUUCUUGGAGAAGCCCUUGGCGCCGAUUGUGGUCACGGCAUUGAACUCCAAGGAGCGAGCUGCGAGAGCUUCGAUCGAGAAGGCCGAGGCCGAGAGGCGGUUGCGCGAGGCGGAGGCCCGGCUAAGAGAGGCGAUCAAGGCGCUGAACAGGAGCCAUGGGAAAGAUCCGGAGGGGUCGCUGUACGAUGGGAGGCAUGCUCUUUGUCACCAUGGAGACUCUUGCAUCGCGAAUGCGAUUGGGAGCCUUUGCCAGAGCUUUCUUCUGGCGUAUGGUGUGAGAGUUGGGAUUGGCGUGCUGCUCAGGGCUUUCAAGCUUGCGAAGAGGAGACCCCAUUACACAUUUCUCGAUUUACAAUUGCUAUUGUCCGAGAAAAAUCUUAUUGUGAGGGAGGAAGCAUGCCGGACUGGUUUGCUCUUCGGUGGCUUCGCUGGAGCUUUCCAUGGCAUUCGAUGCCUUCUACGGAGAUUUCGAAACAAGGAUACUCCGCUGAACGUUUUUAUAGCUGGAGCUUUUGCUGGGCUGUCUGUGCUCUCGCUGGAUGAUCCUGCCAAAAGGCGGACUUUUGCUCUGUAUUUGCUCGCAAGAGUUGCACAGUGCACAUACAACUCGGCAAAGGCGAAGGACAAGUUCCAUUUUUGGGGAAGCCACUGGAAGCAUGGCGAUACUCUGCUGUUCUCCCUGGCUACCGCGCAGAUCAUGUACGCGUACGUGAUGAGGCCAGAAACUUUACCGGAAUCCUACCUCGAGUUUAUCAUAAAGACUGGCCCCAUUGCUAGGCCAGUUCUAAAAGCCGUGCGCGAGAGUUGCCGAGGUGGUCCAAUCGACAUAGCGGCUCUUUCAGCCUUUGUGGAAAGACGCACAGGUCAAGCUAUCACGGGUUUGCAGCCUAAUGCUCCUAUCAUACCUUGCUCGUGCGUCCACCCGGAAUCUCCUUUUUGCUUCCAGCACAACAUGAGAGCAAUGCGCGCGACAUUCAAGAAGACUUUCCCGCUGUAUCUCUCUCUCACGUUCGUGCCGUUCGUGGUCUUGAACGUCCAAAAGUUCAUGCAGGCACCAAUGCACACAUUCUGGAACGCGCUCAAGAGCGCAGUGCGAUCUACUUACUUCUUGUCCGCAUUUGUUGGCAUCUACCAGGGAAUCAUUUGUCUACAGCGAAAAGCCGUGACCAAAGACUUUAGAUUCAUCUACUGGUUCGCGGGAGCCAUCGCGUCUCUGUCGGCAAUGCUGGAGAAGAAAGGCCGGCGCUCUGAGCUAGCGCUGUAUGUUCUUCCCCGAGCGGCGGAUUCGCUGUGGUAUAUUUUGAUAAACAGGCACUUGCUGCCUAACAUCAAACACGCCGAAGUAGCACUGUUUUGUUUGUGCAUGGGCGGGCUCAUGUACUACCAUGAACACGAGCCGGACACCAUGGCUCCAUUUUUGCGGGGCUUGAUACGGCGCUUCUUGAACAGGACUGGGGGGAUGGACCAGCCUCCCGUGUUAAGCACCGCUUAUCCUUAUUUUCUUCCACUGGACGUUCCUUCCUCCGCCAUCGCCAUCGAGGACGGGCGCAACCAUUUGCGUUUACAUCUCAACCAUCAGCAUCAGCAUCAGCAGCCGCCGUUGCGGGACGGGGUCGUCAACGGCGAAGAUCCGCUCGAAAGGCUGCAAGCCGAGGCCUUCAAGGGACUGUAAGAGAGCUCUACUUUCUUCUUUUUGGUUCCUUCUCCUUGUCAAGCAAGGAUCGUCGUUCCGAGCAUUAGACAACUUCCCGAAAACUUAGGAGAGCGACUCAUGGCGUCCCUGAGGCAUUUUGGAAUCUCAAGCUUGCGAUUUAUUAAGUA